GUCAGUCAAUCCAUAGCCAAACUCACGAUGCAUUUGACAACAGCCAUUGCGUCAUUGCUUCUGGUGGGCUCUGUCGCCAGCCUGCAAAGCCCUCACCGUCGCGCUGUUGUUGCACCUCAGAGUAAAGCAUUGACCCCUCGAGCUGCAUCGGUCCCCAGAAGUAGUGUCACCGAUUAUUCGUACUUGACCAAUAAGACCGCAAGGUUUCUGGUCAAUGGUACCGGCAUCCCGGAAGUGGAUUUCGACGUGGGAGAAUCGUACGCUGGUCUUUUACCGAACACACCUACAGGCAAUAGCAGCCUCUUCUUCUGGUUCUUCCCCUCGCAGAAUGCCAAUGCCAGUGACGAGAUCCUUAUCUGGCUGAACGGUGGCCCGGGCUGCAGCUCCCUGGACGGGCUCCUCCAAGAGAAUGGCCCAUUCCUGUGGCAAUCCGGCACCUACAAGCCUGUCCCGAACCCGUACUCCUGGACCAACCUCACGAACGUGGUGUACGUCGACCAGCCGGCGGGCGCGGGCUUCUCGCCCGGCCCGUCGACGGUCAACAACGAAGAGGACGUGGCCGCGCAAUUCAAGAGCUGGUUCAAGCAUUUCGUCGACACCUUCAGCCUUCACGGCCGCAAAGUCUACCUGACGGGCGAGAGCUACGCAGGGAUGUACGUCCCGUACAUCGCGUCGGCGAUGCUCGACGAAGAGGACAAGACCUACUUCAACGUGAAGGGCGUUCAAAUCAACGACCCGUCCAUCAACGACGACUCGGUCAUGAUCUACGCCCCCGCAGCCCGGCACCUAAACCACUACACCAACAUCUUCGCGCUCAACAGCACCUUCCUCAGCUACAUCAACACCCGCGCCGACACCUGCGGCUUCAACGCCUUCCUCGACGCCGCGAUCCAAUACCCACCGGCCCACCCCUUCCCCGCCGCACCCCCAAUAACCGAAGACUGCCAAAUCUGGGACGAGAUCAUCAGCGCCGCAUACAACAUCAACCCCUGCUUCAAUUACUACCACCUAACGGACUUCUGCCCGUACCUCUGGGACUUAAUGGGCUUCCCAUCCCUCGGCACCGGCCCAAACAACUACUUCAACCGCACCGACGUACAGCGCGCUCUCCACGUCCCACCAACAGACUACUCCGUCUGCAGCGACAACCCCAUCUUCCUGAACGGCGAUACCUCCCCGCCAAGCGCCUGGACCGUCCUCCCCGGCGUGAUCGAACGCACCAACAACACGCUCAUCGGCCACGGCUGGCUCGACUACCUGCUGAUCCUGAACGGCACCCUAGCCACGAUCCAGAAUAUGACCUGGCACGGCACCCAGGGUUUCACCCGGGACCCGCUCACCCACCCGCUCUUCGUGCCUUACCAUUACGGCCUGCAGGAGCUGUCUGAGGGUACCGAGCCGGAUCCGUUUAUCCUCGAUGCGGGCGCGGGGUUGUUGGGCACGGCGUAUACCGAGCGUGGGCUCACUUUUUCGUCGGUGUUUUUGGCCGGGCAUGAAAUCCCGCAGUAUGUGCCUGGUGCCGCGUAUCGGCAGGUGGAGUUCCUCUUGGGGCGUAUCGGGAGUUUGCAGCAGCGCGGUGGGUAUACUGCUUAGGUGUUCCAUGGUAGUAUCUGGAUAAGGUGAACGGUUAGGAUAGGGUGGUGUAGGUGAUGGCUUUGAAGCGGUUCGGUGUACAUGUGGAUGUAUGU